AACUCCUGAAGGGUUGAUAAGUCGUCACGCUGAAAAAUGGACCCCUCAACCACAGCCUGUUUUUUAAUUGAGAAAUGGCAUGGCUGUAGGGGUAUUUUUUUUUCUUCAGAAAACAAUACUUUGCCAGGAACGCAAGACAGUCCAUCGCCAUCAUCUUUGAACAAAUUUGUCAACUCCCUCUGUAUGUUAAAGCUUCAAAUAUCAUUUUUAGGGUUAGAUAUAAAUCCAAAGAUAAAUUUGAUAUCUCAUUAUUACAAGAAGGAAGAAUGAAGUUCAUUGUUUGAUCCGCUUUCCUUCAAAUUUCACGCAAUACAUAGCCGCUUUUAACCUGCCGGUCCCCCUUUCUAGUUCCUAGCCUCACGGAUCUGAUUAUCUUCGGCGGUGAUGCUCCUGCUCCUCGAAAGUCUACCAAAGUUGCAAAAACACUACUCACUUCACUCUGAACAAUCUUUGAGGCUCUUCCUGAUCUCUUCCAUCCAUGGGCGAGUGGGUAAUUGGAGCCGUUAUCAACUUGUUUGGAAGCAUUGCCAUUAACUUUGGAACCAACCUCCUUAAGUUAGGUCAUGAUGAGAGGGAGAAGCACUCUGUGCUGGGUAAUGAGGUAACAAAUGUAAAGUCUACAAUGAAGCCAAUUAUAUACUUCCAAACAUGGAGAGUUGGUAUUCUAUUCUUUGCUAUAGGAAAUUGUCUCAAUUUCGUUUCAUUUGGAUAUGCUGCUCAGUCACUUCUAGCAGCUUUGGGAUCUAUACAAUUUGUCUCGAACAUAGCUUUUGCCUACUUUGUUUUGAACAAAACAGUGACAAUCAAUGUACUGGUAGCCACUGCCUUUAUUGUUCUUGGAAACAUCUUCCUUGUAGCCUUUGGCAACCACCAGUCACCUGUUUACACGCCGGAGCAGUUGGCUGAGAAGUACAGCAACAUUACGUUUCUUCUAUACUGUCUCACUUUGGUCUUAGUUGUUGCUUUACAUCAUUCAAUAUACAAGAGAGGAGAACUGAUGCUUGCUGUCCCUAUGAAUGAAAGUAAGCCAUAUUGGCACAUGCUGCUUCCAUUUUCGUAUGCAGUUGUUUCAGGUGCUGUUGGAUCAUGUUCGGUAUUGUUUGCGAAGUCUCUUUCAAACAUGUUAAGAUUGUCCAUGUCAAGUGGUUAUUCAUUGCACAGCUGGUUCACGUAUUCCAUGCUCCUGCUGUUUCUUAGUACAGCUGGAUUUUGGAUGGCAAGGUUAAAUGAAGGACUUUCGUUCUUUGAUGCAAUACUUAUUGUCCCUAUGUUUCAAAUCACUUGGACGUUUUUCUCCAUUUGUACAGGAUUUGUGUACUUUCAGGAAUACCAGGUCUUUGAUGCAUUAAGAACGACAAUGUUUAUUCUUGGAAUGAUUUCUGUAUUUGUGGGCAUUUCUUUGCUUGCCCCAGAUGAAUCAAAAGGAGGUGAAGUGAAGGAUGGUUCUUUAGUUUCAACAACUUCAAAUUUGUCACAGGAUGAGGAGAGGCUGUUAAUGCCAUCUGAAGACUCCCAAAUUAAGGAUAUAAGAUCAUUUGGACGAGUUAUGCUGAUGAAAGCUGCUAAUAUGAUUGUAAAGGCAAAGGCUGCAUGUUCAGUAUCACUAGGCUUUGGAGAAGACUCACUUCAUGCAUCAUCAGUGCUGGUGAUGCCCAUGGUUUCAUCGAAAAUAACAGGCUUCCGAGGAGGUGGCCUUGAUCGGGCAAAAAUAUUAUCUGUUCGAGGACCAGGUUGGAACAAAUUCGCAGUUGAUAAAGAUAGUGAGACAAUCCUGGAGACAACUGCGAUGUUGCCCCAAGUCUGUCAGAAGGCAGCAGAUGCUGGGACGGGGAGGGGAAUAGCAUAUGUUUGAAGAGGUAGGUCUAGCUAGCAUGAUUUGUAAGGGGAAUAUACUACGUUGAUGAGAACACUUUGAUAGAAUGCUCAUUUAUCUCUUUGAGGCAUAAUCUUAUAAAUUGUUUUUGUAGUUUACGAGAAUACUAGGUUUGACUGUAAGGCAAGACAUUCUGCAUUAGCUGCUGGCUGUUGAUAGUUUGA